CUUUACCCGGGGCUUACGUAGACGUGAAAGCGCGGAUGUGUUUCUUUCCCCCUCUCUAUACUUCUUUUCAUUCACUUCAUUUUCCUCGUUGCUAUCGCCGGACAGCCUGUUUCGCCUUCCGGUUUAAGCUUCCGCCGGUCGCCGCCAUUGCAACAUCAAUUUACAUGCCACAGCAAACGACAUCUUGGUUUCACCCGAUAGAUAAUUGCUUCUUCAUCCCCUCGCCCUUCAUUGCUUGCACACUCGCCAUGUCCUCUUGUAUUCGCCGUCGGGAAUGAGUUCCAAAUAACCCCCUGUUUCAUGGCCCUGUGCUUUUUUUUGUCAAUUCUGCGCUGGCCAACACUGACCAGAACAUACUCGGCGUUUCCUGGACCUAUCGACAGCACUGCCUCCUCCUGAAUUUACCGGCAACCAUGCUUACCUUCAGGAAAUCUUUGUUCGCGGCCCUUUUCCUCGUCUUCUUCAUCUUCCUCCUACGUUCAUCGCACUCGAGUUCCUCUGUCGCGCCAUCCGUUGCUGUGAAAUCUGCCAACCGUGAAGGCCAGGUAGCACAAGCAGACACGCCAGAACAGAAGAAGGACGCCGUACCGCGGCAAGAAGAACGGCAACAGCAACGGCAACGAUUGCUCGCCCCUCCUGCGAACGCUCCCCUUCGCGACCGAUUGCGUUACCAGUUUCCGUACGACCUCGAAUCCAAGUUUCCCGCGUACAUCUGGCAAACAUGGAAGUAUGCGCCAGGAUCCGCAUGGUUUGACGCGGAAUUACGCCCCUUCGAAGCGAGUUGGACCGAGCUACACCCGGACUUUGUCCACGAGGUCGUCCCGGAUGAUACAUUGCCCAGUCUCAUCAAGUAUCUGUAUGCUGCCGUACCCGACGUGUACGAGGCGUUCGAGGCCUUACCCUUAGCCGUUCUCAAGGCGGACUUUUUCAGAUACCUCAUUCUUCUAGCGCGUGGUGGAAUCUACAGCGAUAUCGAUACGUCAGCGUUACAGCCAGCCGUGGAUUGGCUCCCCCGCGAGCUUGAUCAGUCAACUGUCGGAUUAGUGGUUGGCAUUGAGGCCGACCCGGACCGUCCAGAUUGGCACGACUGGUAUUCGCGGAGAAUCCAGUUCUGUCAGUGGACCAUCCAAGCGAAACCAGGGCACCCGGUUUUGCGAGAUAUUGUCGCUAAUAUCACCGAAGAGGCUCUAAAAAUGAAGAAGCUUGGACACCUCACUUCGGGAAAGAUGGACAAAACUGUCGUCGAGUUUACGGGGCCUGGCGCUUGGACAGACGCCCUAUUCAGAUAUUUCAACAAUCCGGACUACUUCAAAAUCGAAGCUGGAGCUACGGGAAAUAUCACCUACGAGAGUUUUACAAAUCAGGUGGAGCAUAAAAAGGUCGGUGAUGUGGUUGUCCUGCCCAUUACCAGUUUCAGUCCCGGCGUGCACCAAAUGGGAGCGGGAGAUGUUGAUGACCCUAUGGCAUUUGUGAAGCAUAACUUUGGAGGCACAUGGAAGACAGAUCCAUCGCUGUAAUGUGGUAAUUAAAUGGCAGGUAGUUUUGCCCGCCGUCUUAAAGCGAUAAUUCUGCCACUCGAAAUACUAUCUGCUGAACUCCCCGACCAUAAUCUAUUUUAUUCCCUGUAUCCUUCUCAUCCUUUUGUUUCGUCCCUAUUUUCUUUUACUCAUCGUUUUAUUUGCGCAUAUGAACGGCGUUGUGUGCUGCGCGCGUCUAGUGGUAUUCCUUGGAGACGUCUAUUAUCUGAGCGCUUUCUUUUCUCUCUUCGGUGGUAUGCAAGAGGAGUCCUUGGACGGUUAUUAGAUUGAUUUACAUCAGAUUAGAACCAGGGCGUGAUGAGAAUUGCCGGGUUCGUCAUUAUUGUUAUCAUGAAUGCUUUCCGGGCUACGCCGUUUUUUAACGACGCAACGUUUUGUUCUUCCUUUAUUUGCUUCGCUUUUUUUUUCUUUUUGAUGAUUUCAAAGAUCAAGGGCUAGUAACUAUUCCAUUCUGUUUUCCAUAUACCAUAUCAUGCGCGAUGAAAAGCUACAAGGCAGGACAUGAAGGACGUGACACCUAGAUAGUGUAGUAUAAUUUCA